GAGAACUCCAACGCUCCCACCUCUCUCGUUCUUCUCGUUCUUCUUCUUCUUCUUCUUCUCAAAUUCCAAUUCAGUUUCACCAUGGAAACAACUCGAUCCUGUUAAUUUUACUUGCACAGAGAGAAUUUGGCAAGAAAUUGGUCGGAUUUCUUCUCACCAUGCCAUCCCGCUCCAUUUCCCAAUCUCCUUCUCCUUCUCCUUCUACAGUGCAAGCACACGCCCACCACCAUGCUUUCUCCAGCCAUCUUCUUCCCCCAAUCGUCGCCGCUUCCACCGCCGCUUUCUCUCUGUUCCUCUUCCUUGUUAUUCUUUACCGCAAAUUUACCCGCAAACGCACUGCCCCUGCCGAUUCCAAGCCGCCCCAUCGCUUCUCCUACUCCCUCCUCCGCCGUGCCACCGAAUCAUUCUCCCCCUCCCGCCGCCUCGGCCAAGGCGGCUUUGGGUCUGUUUACUACGGCACUUUGCCUCACACCCAUAAAGAAAUUGCGGUCAAACUUAUGGACUCUGGGUCUUUACAAGGCGAACGGGAAUUUCAGAACGAGCUGUUCUUUGCAUCCAAGAUUGACUCAUCUUUCGUCGUUAGUGUGCUUGGGUUUUGCUCUGACCAGAAGCGGCGUAGGAUGUUGUUAGUGUACGAACUUUUGCAUAAUGGGAAUUUGCAGGACGCUUUAUUGCACAGGAAGUGCCCUGAGCUGAUGGAGUGGAAGAAGCGGUUUUCGGUUGCGGUUGAUAUUGCCAAGGGAUUAGAGCACCUUCAUGGGUUAGAUCCGCCAGUUAUUCAUGGUGAUAUCAAGCCCAGUAAUGUGCUUUUGGAUCAUUGCUUCUCGGCAAAAAUUGGGGAUUUCGGGCUUGCUCGAUUGAAAUUGGAGUAUAGUCAAUUUGAAGUUGAGGUGAAGGUAAAUGCUGGAGUGGAGGAGGAGAAGAAGGAGAGAAAAGAGGAACAUGAAAGCAAUCGUGGUUGCGUGGUUGAAGAUUGUGGAUCUUUGGCUGAGGAAGCUGAGAGUGUGACCACUGGAUUUGAGGAAUUCAACGUGGGUGUUGAUCAAUCACCUGAGAGCUUUCUUAGAAUUCCCGUUUCAGAGACUUCACCAGAGACGGUGGAGGUGGCCACGACUUCGCCGGAGACUGCUUUGGCAGCUGCAGCUAUGGCAUCCCCGUCGGAAGGGGCUUUUGAUGGAGCUAGUGUUGAGAAUGGGAAAGAACCAAACAGUGUGGAGAAGAAAAGUAGUACUGGGUUUAAGAAUAGUCUCUCGGGUAAAGAUUGGUGGUGGAAGCAAGAAAAUGGAGUUGGUACUAGUGGGAAUGUUAAGGAAUAUGUCAUGGAGUGGAUUGGGUCGGAGAUCAAGCGCGAGAGGCCGAAGAGCGAAUGGAUUGCAGCCUCGUCAAGUGGCAAAACUGUUAAGAAAUCAGAGAAAAAGAAGAACAAGAAACGAUUAGAAUGGUGGAUGUCUAUGGAAGAUGAAAAGAGUAGCAAGAAUCUGAAAAAAGAGAAGAGAAGGCCGGUGAGGGAGUGGUGGAAGGAGGAGUACUGUGAAGAGCUUGCAAAGAAAAGGAAGAAAAAGAAGCCCCAAAAAGGGGCAGGUAGUUGUGACGAGAAAGAGGCUGACUGCUGGCCAGUGGAUGACGAAAUGUACAGAGAGAAAAAGAAGAGGAAUAGAAGCAGGAGCCAUGGCAGCCGAGGCAGCAUUGAUUGGUGGUUAGAUGGGCUUAGCGGUGAACUCUGGCGAGCUCGUGGGAACAGCCAUGAUUCAACCGGUGGGGAUAUUACCAAGAGUGGUGGCAUUAGUAGUACUCCAAGUAUGAGAGGAACAAUGUGCUACAUUGCCCCUGAAUACGGCGGUGGUGGAGAUCUUUCCGAGAAAUCUGAUGUUUAUAGCUAUGGAGUUUUGUUGUUAGUUCUUAUAGCAGGAAGACGACCCCUACAGGUGACAAAUUCACCAUUAUCAGAAUUCCAACGCGCCAAUCUCUUAUCUUGGGCUCGUCAUCUCGCUAGAGCUGGAAAGCUCAUCGACUUGGUUGACCAGUCGACACAGUCGGUGGAUCGAGAACAAGCCCUUCUUUGCAUCAAGGUUGCCCUGCUUUGUUUGCAGAAAUUGCCUGCUCGCAGGCCCUCCAUGAAAGAGGUUGUGGGCAUGCUCACUGGUGGGUUGGAUCCACCCCAACUACCAACUGAACUGUCCCCUUCACCUCCGUCUCGGUUCCCAGUUAAGUUGCAUAGGAAGGCUCGGUGAGUUAGUCAGAUCAUACAAACUCUUUUCUUGUAUAUGCUGAUACACUGUUUUAGAGAUAUUUUAUUCAUCAUCUUUGUAGUUGAUUGGUGUAAAAUGCAACCAAAGAGAGAAAGUUUGUAACCUUGAUUAAUGAGUUUUUCAUAUUAGCUUCUUUGCUUCAGUUUCUGUGUGUUACUAGUGAUGUGAUGGCCUCUAUAGGCCCAGAAUUCAUAGGAGACGUGUAUAUAAACAAAUUAAGGUGGAUAGAAAUAAGACAUUGUCCCUUUUUUGUU